GGAGCCGGCGCGGGGCGGGGACGCGAGUGGGAAUCUGGGGUCCGCGGGGACACUUGGGCGCUGAGGCCGCGCGCGCCCGGAGCCCAGGCUUUGAGUCACUACAGCGCCCCCCAGGCCAGACGCUCUCUGGUGUGCACCUACUGUGUGCAGAGCCCCGUGCACGCAUUGUCCGGGCCCCUCAUGACGCUCUGAGCAGGCAUGUCAGAGGACAAGGCGGCCGAGGCCCCCAGACCCAGCGUGUGGGAGCAGGACCAGCAGAGCGCGGUGCAGCGCAUGGCAGCCCUGCCGCUGGUCAGGGCCACGUGCGCCGCCGUCUCCGACGCCUACGGGGCCGCCAAGGACAGCCACCCGCUGCUGGGCUCCGCGUGCCGCCUGGCCGAGCGCUGUGUGUGCAGCCUGACCGCCCGCGCCCUGGACCGCGCGCAGCCGCUGCUCAGCCACCUGCAGCCCCAGCUGGCCACCGUGAAUGACCUCGCCUGCAGGGGCCUCGACAAACUGGAGGAAAAGCUGCCUUUUCUCCAUGAGCCGUCAGAGACGGUGGUGACCUCGGCCAAGGACGCGGUGGCCAGCGGCGUGACGGGCGUGGCGGGCCUGGCCCGGCAGGGCCGCCGCUGGAGUGUGGAGCUGAAGCGCUCCGUGAGCCACGCGGUGGAUGUCGUGCUGGGCAAGUCGGAGGAGCUGGUGGCCCACUUCCUGCCCAUGACCGAGGACGAGCUGGCGGCGCUCGCGGCUGAGGCCGAGGGCCCUGAAGUGGGCUCGGUGGAAGAGCAGAGAAGACACCAGGGCUAUUUCGUGCGCCUGGGCUCCCUGUCGGCGCGGCUCCGCCAGCUGGCCUAUGAACACUCUCUGGGGAAACUGAGGCAGCGGAAGCACCACACCCAGGACACGCUGGCCCAGCUGCAGGAGACUCUGGAGCUGAUCGACUGCGUGCAGUGCGGGGCCACCCCCGCCGCCCCCGCCCGGCCCGGGAAGGUGCACGAGCUGUGGGAGGACUGGAGCCAGCGCCCCCCGGAGAACGGCCGCCUCCGCCGCCAAAGCCAGGCGGAGCUGGAGACGCUGGCGCUGUCGCGGAGCCUGAUGCGGGAGCUGCAGGGCGCGGUGGACGCCCUGGAGAGCAGCGUGCGCGGCCUGCCCGCCGGGGCGCAGGAGCGGGUGGCGGAGGUGCGGCGCAGCGCCCACGCCCUGCAGGCCGCCUUCGCCGACGCGCGCCGCUUCGGGGACGUGCCGGCCGCCGCGCUGGCCGAGGGCCGGGGCCGGGUGGCGCGCGCGCACGCCUGCGUGGACGAGCUGCUGGAGCUGGCGCUGCGCGCCGUGCCGCUGCCCUGGCUCGUGGGGCCCUUCGCGCCCGUCCUCGUGGAGCGGCCCGCGCCCCCGCCCGACCUGGAGGCGCUGGUGGACGAGGUCGUGGGGGGCCCCGACCCGCGCUGGGCGCACCUAGACUGGCCGGCGCAGCAGAGGGCCUGGCGCGCGCAGCAUGGCGACCUCCCGGGGGACAUCCCGGAGGAGGAGGCGGAGCCGCGCCGUCCGGAGCACACCCUGAUGCCCGAGCUGGACUUCUGAGCGCACCGGCCGCCCUCCUGGCCUCGAGGUCCCUGCGGCCCCCUGGUGGCCACACCCGGGCGCCAACACCAGCGCCUGGCCCUCGGCCCCGGCGGGGACUCGCGGUGUGGCCGAAUUCGGAACCCUGGACCGGGUCGUGAUAGCACGCCCGCCCUCCCCGGCCUCCCCCUUGGACACGUGGGGACCUGAACCCCCAAGUCAGGUCCCCAAGCUGGGUGCAUCUGUCUGUGGCCCCCACCCCCCACCCCAAGAAGCGGAUCAACCCCCCCCAGAGAAGCACACAGUGUGUCCAGCUUUGAGAAGUGAGCGCCCCCCGCCCCCAGCUCAUCCCUCUGGCCUGACGGGUCCCCACGGACGCCCGCCACACCGACUGGGCCUGCCAGACCCGCUCGCCUGGCCGUUCGGGGGUGGCUCUCCAGAAUAAACGGGCUGCGUGUCGUCCAA